AUGAGCCACAAGACCCCUCUACACUUCAAUGCUCUACACGUAUACCGUGCUAUCCUCCGCGAAGCCACCUACCACCCCGACCCUCAUGUCCGUUCCUACUUGAGGUCCUACGCAAGGGACUCCUUCCGCACUCAGAAGAUCAAUUUUGCGAUCGAGUUCCAAGACUGGACCUCCGUAGAGAAAGGCCGGAGAGAGACAAGUCUUAUGCGAAAUGCCCGAAACUUCUGCCAGACCAUCCGGCGUGCGAACGAUGGCUACCUCAACCCAUUCCAGAAGACUCUUUCUCUCACAUACGGCCGCACGGGUGCUAGGCGUCGCCAAAUCAUGUCCGCAUUGAUGGCGCCUGCCACGACUGAAACACCCCCCAGCACCAAGACCGACACAAAUACACCAUCAACGCUCGAUAAGGAUCAAGCACCGCACGACCAGAUUCUCCUGUCAACAUCUCAAGACUCGCUCUUUGCGAACCCGCUGUUCCCAGGCGACGUAUCCGGCUCAACCACGCCUCCGGAACCCAAUACGUUUGAUUCUGCAAAAGUCUUUCAUGAAACCACCGCCGGCGCGCCUCGACAAUCGAAGCGUCCCCUCCGCAAACCCUUCUCUUCCAUGAGCUCCAUCUCUGAAACCUUCCGUGCCCUCACCGCCGCCCAGUCCGCCGCCUCGGCCUAUGUUCCCUCCCAAACCCGUAGAAUUACCAUCACUGGCCCGAACCUUCCGUCCACAACGAUCUGGAAGCGCCCACUUACUCCCAAGCGCAUUCGCAACGCCACCAAGAAGUGGUACGCCAAAACGGCCCAAACUCUGUACCCGCCCCUGCCGACAACGGAAUGGGAGUACAUCCGCUCGAUCGCCGCCGGAGUAACCAGGCUGGAGCCAAAGAGUCGGAGACCACAGGCGGCUGUGUGCAUUUUCACUACGGUGCGCGAGCCGUGGAAGGAGCCUCUCCGGGGUUUAUUGGACGAACCGGAAAAGGUGGCGAGGUACGAGGGCAAGAAGAUGGGUAAUCCGCAUCUUAUGACGCCGCGCUGGCUGCAGCACAGAUACGAGUGGCUCCUGCGGCACACACCUGUCGAGGUGGCGCCGGUGGCACAGGAAAACUCUGUUGAGAACACAGAGCAACCGGAGACGUCAUUCCUGGGAUCUAGCCAGGAGCAGGAAGAGGGCAGAAGCGUUGGCCCGAAGGAGUCCAAUCCGCAGACAAAUCCGAACGCGAAGCCGAAGGACAAAGGAAAGAGAACCGCUUUUUUGUGGGACAGUACCGUCGUAGACCGCGCGCGCCCCCUACGUGUGAAGCCGGAUGGCGAGAUGAGGAAGGCCCUCUUCGAAUGA